ACACACACAAGUUGCUGCGGUAACAAAACAUAUUUACGACAUAUGAGAAAUGCAGUGAUCAGUGACUAAUUAGAUAUUUUCCUUCGUUCGAAGAUGUAAACUACACUGAUUUUAUUACUUAUUUAUAAGGGAACAAGAUAUAACAUAGGUGUUUUUGUAAACGCAGGUAAUGUUCAGCUUAAUGGCCUGCUGUUUUCAGUGGAUCAAGGAGAGGCGAGAGCCUCGCAAGCAAGUUACUCUAGCUCUGAUAGGGCUUGAUAACGCUGGCAAGACAACAGCUUUGAAAGGGGUACAAGGAGAAUCCCUGGACUUGGUCGCUCCAACGGUGGGCUUUGCGAGCGGAGAAUUCAAACUCGGCAAGUACGAUGUAACCGUCUUCGACCUCGGUGGGGGCAAGCGUAUCCGCGGCAUCUGGUCCAACUACUACGGAGAGGCUCAUGGUGUUGUGUACGUCCUGGACGCCAGCGCAGAGGAUCGGCUCCAGGAAUGCAAGGAGUGUCUGGAGGAUGUCCUCAAGAAGGAAAAGAUCCGCGGCAAGAGAAUACUCCUGCUUGCUAAUAAACAAGACCAAGAGGGAGCGCUGGAUGAGAUUGAUAUCUGUGACCAGUUAGAUCUAGAAGAGAUCGUCAGGAACAGUAAAUGCCCUUGCAGAGUGGAAACCUGUUCUGCUGUGCAAGGCAUCGGCAAGCGGAUGGACCCGUCCAUCAGGGAGGGGAUGCUGUGGCUCCUGGAAGGGAUCGGCAACGACUGGGCCACGAUUAGUAAGAGGGUGGAGGAAGACACCGCUGCUCAGAGGGAGGAGGAGAAGCAGAGGAGGAAGGAGAAGAGAGAGCGUGUCAUGAAGGAGAAGGAAGCAAGGAAAAAGAGAGAGGAGGAAGAGAGAAAGGCCAAAGGAUUACCUUCGGAAGAGGAAGAAGACGAAGGUGAGGCAGAUGUAGCCGAUGGGGACCCAUUCAAGAAAGUUAACGAUGGUUACUUUGUACAGAAAAAGAAAGAAGCUGCAGAGGCGAAGGAGAAGCAAAAGAAGAAAGAUUUGGAAAACGCCACAGGAAACAAUAACAAAUCAAAGGAGAACAUUGCGAUGACCGAGUCAUCAUCGUCGCACAAUGUCAAUGACCGCGUUGGGACUGUAGAGGGAGACAUUCAAGAUGUAAGGAGUAAUGGGGAUGGGGGCAGCGACAGGACGUCGGGGAGUGGUCCCUUGAGUCCUGACGUGUUGAGUGAUGGGAAGCCAAGUGGACAGGAUGAAGCAGGGACCAUGCCCGAAGGACAGUCAAAGAAGGUGGUUAUAGGCUCACAGGAGAACCUGAUAGAGGAACCUUCAAACAAUGGUGAAGAGAAGAAGAAGAAGAAAAAGAAGAAGAUCAAGAAGAACAAGACUGCCCCGAUGCCUGUGGAUGGUAUCGACGAGCUAGCACCCUCCCACCUAUCCACUCCUCUUGCCACCCCGUCCUGGGCCCAAGCGCCUGGCCACCGGAAUCUCUUCAAAUCUUCACAGAAGCCCACGCUUGCACCUCUAGUAGAACAGUCCAGCCCGAGGCCGUCCUUGGACCCUCUCGUGCCUUCAAGUACAGUCAAUCACAGAAGAAAAGAGGUACUUCCAGAGCUUAGGUCAAGAUCAACAUUGAAGCCCAACAUCGAAGAUGAUGAUGAUGUCAUGACGUGACAUAAAUCUAUCAGUAACUUAGAGUGACUUAUUAUUUAUAUUGGACCCAGGAGAUUGAGGGGAGAGACAGCAAGAAAGAAAGAGAGAGAGAGAGAUUUAGUGAGAAAGGGAUUGAGGAGGGGGGGGGGAGAAAU